AUGACGUCCAAUAAACACAAGAAAUCCACUCCUCAGAAGUCACCUCAAAAGUCUUCACCUCAUAAACCUCACGAACAACAUAAAUCUCACAAAUCGCCUCAAAAGAAAGUCGCGCCGUUGAAAACACUCCCCAAACCAAUUCUCCCUCAGAAACAUGCUGGAGUUGCCCGCCCAAUCUUGCCUCCUACUCGAAGGUUGUUAUUUCUCCAAAAUUCUAAUCAGAGCAAUAAACAACCUUUCUCUUCACCACCUCCUGUCAAAAAGGAUCACCUGAAGACGAAAAAACAUACUUUAUCUUCACCGGCGACUAAACUCUCGGAUGAUCGACCAUUUAAGAAACAGCGUCUUUCGUCUCCAUCUCCUGCGAAACGUUCCAAGAUUGUAACCACAGAACAAACGAAGGUGGAGCGAGAAAAUAUGAGUACACCAAGUGAUGAUGAUGAGGAUGAAGAUGAGAAUGAAGAUAGCACACCAAGCCCACCCAGUCGCAAGGGAAAGGCGAAUACCAAUAGAGGUGCGCCAGGAAGCCACAAGAAAACAUCUCUUUCCGUUGCCAUUCCUCCGAAAGCAGCCGUAUCUGUGGUGAUUCCAGCCAAGCAAUACCCCCCAUCACCAUUCUCCACCAUUCAACCCAAUUCCAUGGCUAUCAACAAGAUCGACAUAAGCGUUUUGCGACUCGAGAAAGAGGAGCUCCAAAAACGACUCGACGCAUCAGUGCAACAAGUGCGGGAUCUAAAGUACGACGCACGAAAUUGGGAGGAUCGAUUCAAGACAGCAGAGAACGCAAACCAUGUCCUACGCAAAAACAUGAAUGCCGAUGCUCGACAUCACAAAGAAGUCACUGCUACCGCUGGCUCGGUGUUACAUGAAUGCGAUACGCUUAAUCAAAAUAACGCUAAACUCAAACAAGAGCUGCUCGCCUGCAAGGCUAAGAAUAAGAAAGAUAUGGAUCAGCAAGGAGAGACGCACAAACAAAAUCUUGAGCUUGCGAAUAAACUGAACCAUAAAUUGAAGCUAUCGGAAACCGAUCGUCGUCACCUCGAAACCAAAGUUGCUCUCCUGGAAGAGGACCUUCGGCGUUGGCAUCGCGCUGAGAUAGAAAAUAUCAAAGCACCACCUAGCGAAAAGAAUAGACUAGCACUCCUCGGCAAGCAGAUCGCUCAAUUAAGUGAGAAUAAGGAAGAAUUAAGCCAUCAAGUGACUCAAUUGAAUAAGGACAAGGAAGAAUUAACCCAUCAAAUCACCCAUCUCCAACACCAGCUCCAACACAAAGAAGCCCUCACCUUCCAAAUCAACCAACUCCACGAAGAUAUCCAAUUCAAAGACGAUCUCGCCUCACAAGCAACGCGUACCCAUGCUCUAGAGACAGAAGCACUGGUCCAGCAAAUCACACACCUGAAAUCUCGAUUACAGGACCAAUCUCUCAUUACGCAGGAAAUCCAUAAUUUACGUGAAGAAAUCCUAGAUAAGAAUGAAGAAAUCGAUAUACUCAGUGAGGAUCAGAGGAAAUUGGUGAAUGAGGCGGCACAGGGGCAGCAUCUGAAUCGUCAGAAGGAUGUGGGGUUGGAGAAAAUGGGAUUGUUGGUUGCGGGGUGGACGAUGAAGUGGAGGGCUCUGGGGUAUGGUGAUGCAGGUGAAGGUGCAGAUGGAGAUGCGGAUGGAGAUGGGAUGGGUGGGAAGAUUAAGAUUCCUGGGGUGCAGGGCAUGGCGGUUUGUGUUAAUGGGGUGAGGAUGGAUUAG